AGAGUAAAGGACACAACGUUCUUAGGAAAACUCUCCUCCUUCUUUCCUUUUCCUUGCUCCUUCCCUUCCAGAUCUCUGUGGUCGCAGUUUGUGCUGCCUCACCUCCAGCACAGCGUGCAGAAUGAAGCGACUGUCGCAGAAUUCAUCCUCCUGGGGUUCUGCAGCACCCCAGCCCUGCAGCGCUGCCUCUUUGGCCUUUUCUCUGCCCUCUACUCUGGCACUCUGAUGGGAAACGCACUUGUCUUUCUGCUUAUCUGCCUGGACUACUGCCUCCACAGCCCCAUGUACUUCUUCCUCUGCCACCUCUCCAUCGCGGACAUCUGCUACGCCUCCAACAAUGUCCCCCGUAUGCUAAGGAACCUCCUUGGACAAGGCAGAACCAUCUCCUUUGCUGGGUGUGGGGCACAGAUCCAUCUUUAUUUAAUCUUUGCACUUACAGAGUGCGUGCUGCUGGCCGUGAUGUCUCAUGUUCGCUACGUGGCAAUCUGCCGUCCCCUCCGCUAUGCCCUCAUCAUGAUCUGGAGGCUGUGCCUCACCCUUGCCACAGUUUCCUGGGCUUUGGCGUUCGUAUUUGGUACGCUACAAGCCUCUCUGGCUUUACACCUGCCUUUCUGGGGCCCCUGCGAGGUUGACCACUUCUGCUAUGAAAUUCUUGCUGUCUUAAAGCUGGCCUGCACUGCCGCUACUGCCAAUAAAGUCCCGAUCUUUGCUGUUUGUGUGCGCUUCCUCCUCUUCCCUUUAGCCUUAAUCCUCAUUUCCUCCCUGGACACCCUGGCCACCGUUCUGCGCAUCCGCUCUGCGCCAGGAUGGCACAAAACCUUCUCCACCUGUGGCUCCCACCCGACCGCGGUGGGUGUCUUCUAUGGAAACGCCAUCUUCAUGUACGUGGGGCCCGGGAGCGGUAACUCAUCUGGGCGGGAGAAAGUUCCUUCCCUUUUCUACAGUCUCGUCAGCCCCAGUUUGAACCCCGUCAUUUACAGUCGGAGGAACAAGCAGGUGAAGGAAGCCUUGCUGAAGCUUCAGAGAAGGAAGAGGGUCUUUCAUUCCGUCUAGCUGGGGCUCUAGGCUUUCACCUGUCUCCUGUCCUUCUGCUCUUUCUUCUUGAGCUCUUGGGGUAUUUCUCACGGAAUGUUAAGUGGUUAAAACGUAACACAAGACAUGGUUAUUCAAAUGCAUUUGUCUGUUGUUUCUCUGUGCGGUCUGAUGAGUAUCAUGCCACAAAAAUGACUCAUUGUUAUUCCUUUUAUUGCAGAUAACUAAUUCUUCUUCCUCAGAUGCGGCCGUCCUAGACGGGUAGUAUGUUUCACCGGAACUGUUGACCCAGGUGGAAAAAGCAGUCUUCUCGGUUCUAGCUAGCAGUCAGGAUAAGGAAACCCUACCGUGUAGCAGGGUUUUUUUCUGAAUCUACCCAUUGGUCCAAUAAGAUAUUCUUUUUCCCUACCAUAUUUGUACCUGCUGUAUCCUCAGGAUGCUAGAGCUUCAGCUCUACUGUUAGAAAGAAAAAGAGAGAAAACAUGAUGCUGCUAACGGGCUUUGCUUCUCAGGAGGAGACAUGACGAGGAGGCAGUGAUUGACCGGGGAAGACCGAGCAACGCUGUCAGUAUUCGCUAUGAGAAGGAGGAUUUGGAA